AUGCUGUCUGUAUUUCAAAAUAAUAAACAGCGUUCAGGAAAUGAACUAAAAAGAAGUAUAUCCAAGCCUAUGAAGAAAGAGGCAUUAUCUCGUACAGUUAGCCAUGAAAUUACUUUAGAGACUAAAAAAAAUAAGUAUAUGACAUCGAGAAACUACAAUCCAAACUUAAUUAAAUUAUACACAGUUACAAAAUCUUUCACUCCGACAGAGCCUUUUAUGUAUACAAACAAUAGAAUGUGUCCAUUUAUUUCGGUUCAAAAGGAAUCAAUUGUGCAAAUUAUUUCCUAUGAAGAUAAUGAUAUGUGUUAUAUUAGACUAGUAGAUCAGUUAGGACAGGGAUUAGUGCCGGUUUCUCAUUUAAAGGAAGAUAAAGAUCUUAAUAGAAUGAUCCCUUGUCCUGUAGCAAGAACAAAUACAUUGGUAAACAUGACACCUCCAACAUCUCCAUCAACAUUAACAUCGAAUACCUUCUCAAUUGGUUCAAGUUCACGUUCCACAAGUGCAUCAUCCUCUCAAAGAUCAAGUGAAGACGUUUCUGUUCAAUCAUGUAAAUUAAUUUCAGUCGACAUUGUAGAGAAGAGAGUACAGUAUACUUUAAAUUUAAGAUUAGCCAAUAACGGUGAAAACAUAGUACACCGUUACUAUGGCCAAUUCUACAAAUUACAUACAAAACUUUUAUCCAUUGGAUCAAAUUACAAUGAAAUCAAGUUACCAUCGUUACCACAUCCUUUACCAUUUACCGGAUCAUUAGAACAUAAUUCAACUUUAAUUAAUGACAGAGUCCAAGAGUUUAAUGAUUAUCUGGCGAAUCUAUUAGAUAACAUAUUAAAUUCAUCUUCAAUAGUUUUAAAAGACUUAAUAAAUAAUUGGUUCAUUCAUGGCACUGUUGAUGUCCCAUCAAGACCAAAUAUCAUUAAGAUAAAGAUUAAUUAUAACGGAGACUGUUAUGCUUCAAAAGCAGUCGAAAAUGAUGUCAAUAAUAUCUAUAAAUUACAUAAUGUAAUUUGUGACAAAAUUAAGUACCACGGUAAUGGAAAUCUUGUAAUUACUGCAAAAGUCGAUGGUUGGUAUAUAAUCGACUUAACAAACGAUGAAGUAUACUUAAAUGUAUUACAAAAAGCACAAGAAACUCAUAGACUAUUAUUAGAUGUAACUAUUAAUUGA